AAACACAUACUGUAAUCGUUCUGUUGAUUAUAUUGCGGCUAUUGCAAAGCGAAAAGGCAUCUUGAAGAUAAUCGCGAAAGGGCUUAUUUGUGGACUUUGGAAAGUCGUAAUUUUCGUCUCAGGUGUGUUUUUUUCUGAGUGAGGGUCGUCCAUUUCGUUGUUUGUCUGUUUCGGUGAUUGGCAAGAGUCAUCGGCGACUGGGAUAUGAUGUCGCUGCACUUUUCAGGACAUCUCAUUGAACAUGGUCAUCAUGAAAAUUCUGUCCGAGCCGCAGAAAAAGCCGGAAUUUUUUUACCUGGUUCUCCAGGAACGUAUCGCAAGAUCAGCGCCACCGCACAGCUGACUAAUGCAAAACCUAAGAAAGUUACGGCUGGCAACGCUCUAGCAAACAAAAUGGCAGACGUUACAGAAGUAGCUGUUUCAACCUGGCCAAACGAUAAAGAUUCCUACGAAUUGGGAGAAGUUAUCGGCGUUGGUGCUACUGCUAUUGUUCAUAGUGCUUUUUGUAAGCCACGUAAGGAGAAAUGUGCAAUAAAGCGAAUAAAUUUAGAAAAAUGGAACACAAAUAUGGAUGAACUUUUGAAAGAAAUUCAAGCCAUGAGUGCCUGUAACCAUGAAAAUGUUGUUAGUUACUUCACAUCAUUUGUAGUGAAAGAAGAGUUAUGGCUUGUGAUAAAACUUUUAUCGGGAGGGUCUCUGUUAGAUAUAAUUAAACAUAAAAUGAAAAUGGAAGACUGUAAACAUGGAGUAUUUGAUGAAGCAACUGUAGCCACAGUCUUGAGAGAGGUUUUAAAAGGUUUAGAAUAUUUUCACAAUAAUGGCCAAAUUCAUAGGGAUAUAAAAGCUGGAAAUAUUUUGCUUGGCGAUGAUGGAACUGUUCAAAUUGCAGAUUUUGGUGUGAGCUCAUGGCUUGCAACUGGAGGCGAUUUGUCCCGGCAAAAGUCGAGGCAUACUUUUGUUGGCACCCCUUGCUGGAUGGCACCCGAAGUAAUGGAACAAGUCACUGGUUAUGAUUUCAAAGCAGACAUAUGGAGUUUUGGGAUAACUGCAAUUGAACUUGUCACUGGAACUGCGCCAUAUCAUAAAUAUCCUCCAAUGAAGGUUCUAAUGUUGACUCUUCAAAAUGACCCACCAACCAUUGACACUGUGGCUGAAGAUAAAGAUCAAUAUAAAAAUUAUGGUAAAACUAUUAGAAAGAUGAUAACAGAUUGUUUACAGAAAGAUCCUACAAAAAGGCCUACGGCAGCUGAGCUUCUUAAACAUCCCUUCUUUAAGAAAGCUAAAGAUCGCAAGUACUUGAUACAGAUGUUAGUGUCAUGUGCACCUAGCUUAGAGACAAGAGCCCAGAAACUUAAAAAUACAAAAAGAGCUCCUGGCACCAGUGGACGUCUACACCGUACUGAAGCUGGGGAUUGGGUUUGGUCUUCAGAUGAAGAAGAUGAAAAAAAUCCUGAAUCAGACUCUCCAUCCAAAAAGCCUUCAGAACCUGUUCAAAACCAAGAAAAGCCAAAAGAGUUGAAUCAACCAGUCAGUCUUCCAAUUGAUACUCCUCCUACAUCCAAUGAGAAUACACCUCCUAAAGGCCAACAACCAUCUCAAACAAAUGUUCCUCCUGUAGAAGAUGAUGCAUUAACCGAUGAAUCGAGUGAAUCCCAAUUGGUAAAUCUGGUUCUUAGGAUACGAAAUGAAAAUAAAGAAUUAAAUGAUAUUAGAUUUGAAUAUGUUCCUGAUAGAGAUACAGCAGAUGGAAUUGCUUCUGAACUUGUUGGCGCUGGUCUUGUUAAUGGCAAAGAUAUGAUUGUUGUUGCUGCAAAUUUGCAAAAAUUAGUGGACAAUUUAUCGCUAAAGUCUACUGUAUUUGCCUUGAAUCCAGUAUCGAAUACUAGUGAAAUACCAGAUGAAAAAACACUGACAGGCUUCGCACAGCUCUCAGUAGUGACAGAAUAAAUAACUCAUCUUUGGACCAAAGUCAACCCACUUUCAUUCAGUUCUAAAAGAAAACCUAGUCCAGCCUUCCUGGCAGUCGCUUUGCCGGCCACCAUUCACACUUGCCUCUUAUGUCUGGAGAAACUUUUGCUUCACUUACUGUGAAAGAUUUAUAUAUAGUUCAUUUAUUUAUGAUAUGAAAAAAAAAGCCAACUUAAUAUAUAUAUAUAUUUUGGACUUGUGCCUUUUGUAACAGACUUCUUUUGUGUUUGUGUCCUAUGUCUCAUCCCUUGCUAGUUCAUAAAUUUUGCUUAUCAAAGUGUUUUUUUUUUUUUUCUUCCUCUUUUUAUUUGCACAAAAGGGGCCUUACAAUGCUGUGUCUUCUUAUCCCUUUUGAAUAUGCAGAAUAAAGCUUUAGUACUGUUU